CGAUGCCUUGAAGAUACGAGGAUGGAGGUCUUGAACGAGAUUAUGGAUUGGCUUCUAUCGAGCGGGGAACAAAAUAUUUUGUGGCUGCAUGGCGUUGCAGGAUCUGGAAAGAGCACUAUCGCGACAACGAUCGCAGAGUACUGUCGUGAGAUGUCGCGUCUUGGCGCAUUCCUAUUUUUCAACCGAGUCGACGGUGCUGAGGGUCAGCUCAUUUCCAUCUUCCGAACAAUUGCUUUUCGUCUCGCCUUAUUUGACUCAGCUAUUGCAAGGCACGUUGAUGCGGCGAUUCAAGCGAACAACCACGCCAUUGAAGCAAUUGCAGAAGUACAGUACAAUAAACUUCUUUUAGAGCCACUAACCGCGUCAAGAGAUGAUGUAGAUGGCCCGAUCGUUAUCGUCAUCGAUGCACUGGAUGAGUGUGGCACGCCUGAUGCUCGGCGGACAUUGAUGUCGCUUCUGAAGCGAGAAUUUGGGAAACUGCCUUCUAAUUUCCGGUUCCUCAUUACGAGCAGACCUGAGGCUGAUAUCAACAUAGCAUUGUCAAACCGGCCAAGUUCAGUAUAUGAGGUUGCCUUGGACUCCGGAUCAGCGGACAGCAGGCGUGACGUCCUUCGAUACAUUGAUUACGAGAUGUCGAGAAUUAUCAACGAGUCGCAGAUCAUCAUUCCAAAUAAUUGGUCAUGGACCAAACAAAUGGAAAGACUCGCAGAUGCUUCAGAAGGGUUGUUUAUUUGGGCGUCGACCGUCAUCAAGGUCGUCUCAGAGAGUCCGAGUAAAUUCCGAAAAUUGAACGAGCUCGUCAAUGCAUCGCCUGUCCUGAAGGGUCUCAACCAGCUAUACGAAUCGAUGUUGAGAAAUUCCGGGGUUAUUACAAUGGACGACCCAUCUUCUAUAGUUCGCUUCCAACAAGUCCUGGGUCUUGUUCUUCUCAGCCGAGUCCCACUCUCAGAUAUAACGAUCGACGCAAUUCUCGGUUUACCACCUGAGGAGCCGUCGUACGAAAUCCUCUCGAAGCUCGGCAGUGUACUGGUAUUCAGACGAGGCGGACCUGUUCAUGUACUCCACACGUCGUUUGCAGACUAUCUUUUAUCCACGAACUGCUCCCAACUGUGCAGCAAGUAUAAGGACCCUUCCGAACGUCUAUCCGACCCAUGGUUCAUAAACAAUGACUCUCAGCAAUCGCUCAUCGCCACGCGAUGCUUUAUUGUCAUGAAAGAGGAACUUCAUUUUAACAUGUGCAAUCUCGAAUCGUCUUUCAUAUAUAACAGCAAUGUCGUGGAGAUCGAGGAACGAAUCAACAAGAAGGUACCUCUGCAUCUGCAAUAUGCGUGCAAGUACUGGGCAGAUCACCUUACUGAAGCUCCAUACUCACGUGAACUGUUGGGUGCACUAAUUGCAUUUGCACAUAAACACCUGCUGUAUUGGUUCGAGGUGCUUAGCCUGCUAGGUCAAGUCAGUCGAAUUGCAAGUCGAGGACUUCUGGAUGUUGCUGCGUGGUCCGAGACACACGAUUCGAGCAUUUUCUCAUUUCUGACGGACGCUAGCAAGCUCGCCUCUGCAUUUAGCAUACCAAUUACCGAAAGUAUCCCACAUAUCUACAUCUCCAUGCUCCCGCUCAUGAAGGACGAUUCAGAAGUUGCAGCUCACUACUCAAAACGAACAUCUCGGAUGGUAGAGGUAGAUCGAUUAGGAACGAAACGGCCGCCAUUGUGGCUGAAAGUGUUGGAGGGACAUGCAGAUGUCAUUCGAUCCGUCGCAUUCUCUCCUGACGGGAAGCAUGUCGUGUCAGGCUCUGAUGACGGAACAGCUAGAAUGUGGGAUGUUGAGAGCGGUGAGAUGGUACACGUACUUUUCGAAGAGAAACGAGUCGCCGUCACUUCUGUAACAUUCUCGCCGGACGGCCAACGCAUUGCUGCUGGUUUAUGGGAUUCAACAGUCAGGAUUUGGGGCUAUGAGUCAUGGCAGGCGGUCUCCGAGCCACUUGAAGGACAUACAAGUGGGGUGUGUGCUGUCGCAUUUUCACUUACUGGAACGCACAUUGCCUCGGGCUCAGCAGACACAACCGUAAGAGUGUGGGACAUUGAGAACAGGUCCGCUGUGCAUAUUCUCGAGGGACAUACUGAUAUUGUUCGUUCUGUCGCUUUCUUGCCCAACGAGAAUCGGAUCGUUUCGUGCUCUGACGACAAGACAAUUCGAAUCUGGGACGUAGGGACGGGACAGGCCGUCGGCGAACCUUUUAUAGGACAUGCUCACACAAUCUGGUCUGUGGCAGGCUCGCCAGAUGGUAGGCAAGUUGUCUCUGGUUCACGUGAUCGGACACUGCGAGUCUGGGACGUUGAUAGUGGUCAAGUUAUCAGCAGUCCCUUUGUGCACUCAAACAGUGUUACUUCUGUUGCGUUUUCGUCUGACGGAACGCGUGUAGUGUCGGUCUCCAGUGACUGCACAAUCGUUGUCUGGGACGUGGAAAGAGGCAAAAUCAGUUCAGGUCCAUAUACUGGUCAUGCUAAUGCUAUUCGAUCAGUUGCCUUCUCCCCCGAUGGGUCACGUAUCAUCUCAGGAUCAGACGACAAAACUGUCAGACUAUGGGACGUCUCUGUGAGAAGCGUUGUUCCAGACAUUUCUGUCAUGCACACAGACGCGGUCAUGUCUGUUGCUUUCUCCCCGGAUGGUGGUCUGAUAGCGUCAGGCUCUAAUGACAAGACACUGAGACUCUGGAGUGCUAGCACAGGAGAGGUAGCUUCUGCACCAUUCGAGGGACACGAACACUUUGUUUACUCUGUUGCCUUUUCGCCUGAUGGGAAACGAAUUGUCUCUGGUUCUAUGGAUGAGAGUGUUAUUAUCUGGGAGGUAAAAAGCGGUGAGAUGACAUUCAAGCCGCUCAAAGGGCAUUCAGACACUGUCUAUUCGGUUGACUUCUCUCCUGACGGGACUCUAGUCGUAUCCGGUUCUUACGAUAAAACCAUCAUUAUCUGGAGUGCCAAAGACGGAAACAUGAUUUCUCGUUCAGAACAAGUGCACAAGGCUGCAAUCCGUAGCGUUGCCUUCUCACCGAACGGCACUCUUAUUGCAUCAGCGUCUGUAGACAACGACGUCGUCAUCUGGAAUGCCGAGGGCGGGAAACCUGUUUCUGGACCUCUGAAGGCACCCGUAGACAGUACAUUUUCCUAUUUUGCUCCACUUGCCUUCUCUCCUGAUGGGGGGUGCAUUGCAUCGCGCAGUUCAGAUAACGAUAUCAUUAUCCGCGACGUGCAGAGUGGCCAUGUGAUCUCUGGGCCGUUGACAGAGCACAAAGAUACAGUCAUGUCUGUUGCAUUCUCGCCCAACGGGGCAUAUCUCGUUUCCGGGUUAUAUGAUCGGACAGUUAUUGUUCGGGAUGCAAACAAUGGAUAUAUUGUUUCUGAACUGUUUGAAGGACACACUAGUCCGGUUACUUGCGUUGCCUUUUCACCAGAUAGUUCGCGUAUUGUUUCCUGCUCCUUUGACGCAACGGCACGUAUUUGG